UUUGAUGACGCAACAUCCGGCCAGAUCUAAGCUAACGGCUAAUACUAGCGUUGCCUGCUGUUCUGCAACACAUUUAUAAAUGAGUACAUAUCUGUUCAACGUAACUCACCAUGAUUUACCUCUUUAGCUGGUCCGGGGAAUCAUAACUAUCCGGCCGUGGUGUGGUCCUUUGUGUCUCAUCGGCCUGGUCGUAUUUAGGUAGAAAAUAGCAGAAGCGGUUCAUUGUUAGACGGACUUUAGUUUAGCCAUGCUCUCGGUCUCCACUUUAACUUGUGUUUCGAUUUCGGACCAACACUUGUUCAGCUUUGUUUGAUUGACCCGACUAUCCCCAUUCUAUUAUUUCUUUGGGGUGUACGUGCAUUUGUUACAUUCCAAAUUAAAAAAGGGAGCUCUGCUAAAAUUGGAAGUAAUUUUAUCCACCCACAUCGCUAAGCUAACAAGCCACCCUGAGCAGAGAGAAGGAAGGGGUGUCUUGGCUGAUUUGUUUAUUUCUUUUCACCUUGUCUAACUUGCGAAACAGGCCUACGACAACUUUUUUUGUAUUAUUUUGUGGACUAUAUUCCUGCUGCAAUGGCCUCUUCCUCGGGCAACGACGACGAUCUGACCAUCCCUAGAGCAGCUAUCAACAAAAUGAUCAAAGAAACUCUUCCCAAUGUGCGAGUGGCCAACGAUGCCCGGGAGCUGGUGGUCAACUGCUGCACGGAGUUCAUCCACCUCAUCUCCUCAGAGGCCAACGAAAUCUGCAACAAGUCCGACAAAAAGACCAUAUCUCCAGAGCAUGUCAUCAAUGCCCUGGAAAGCCUGGGUUUCGGUUCCUACAUCACAGAGGUGAAGGACGUGCUGCAGGAGUGUAAGACCGUGGCUCUGAAGCGGAGGAAGGCCAGUUCUCGUCUGGAAAACCUGGGCAUCCCAGAGGAAGAGCUACUCAGACAGCAGCAGGAGUUGUUUGCUAAGGCCCGACAGCAGCAGGCAGAGCUAGCUCAGCAAGAAUGGCUUCAGAUGCAGCAGGCAGCACAACAGGCGCAGAUGGCUGCAGCUUCCGCCAGCGCUGCUCAGCAGGCUGGCUCCUCACAGGACGAAGAGGAUGACGACGACAUGUGAUUCCCAAAAUGGCACUUCCUCACGUUUGCUCCUCUCAAGACACCUCCAUUGUCCCAGUGCUGUCCACAGACUAACUAGCUGCUGAACUUUGCACAUGGGACAAACUCGGAUGAAAAAUAUCAUGGAAGGCAUUUACAAGACCCUUUGGAAAGAGUGUGGCAACCCUUUUCAUAAACUUCCUGUUGAUUUUGUAAUUUGUUGAUUUACAGUUGAGAUUUGGACUUGGGACAAGACAAAAUCACAAAUGGGGUGAACUCGAGAGCAAAUAUUACAGGACUUUGAAUAGACCUCUUACAGAUUUUUGACAUUAGAACACAUCCUCUUUACUUGUUGAUUUUGUUAUAAGUGAUUUAUAGUUGUGAUUGGGACGCAUUGAUGGCACAGGUUUGGUGAGUGACUGAGCAGAUGCCGUUUCUACUUUAGUGGUCAUUUUUACAAUUUGCUUUGCGGUUUUCGAUUUGUUUCUUUGAAGAACACUUUGAGGGCUUGUGAAUACCAGAGUAGUUAAGUAGUGAAACAAAUGUUUUUUUGUUAAAUCUUUAGCUUUUUCUUUGCUUAGAACCACCUACAGUAUUCAAUUUCACGGUUCAGGAUUACAUUUGGCAGAUAGUACCAAAGAUGGGACUGGUUAAAAGCUCCCAUUUAGAGGAGCAGCUCGGACUUCAGGACAGUGUUAACCGUGAUGAGGGUAAGUUAACUCCUCAGUUUGUAAAAUGCUUUGAUAUCCUGGUGGAAUUUAUUUUCCUCUUCUUGGGUGCAGUAUCAGAUAUUUGCAUUGUGACUGUGGUCAGUCCUCAGUGUAAAGACAAGUAACUAUAGUUGUGAAAACUUCACUCGGCAACAGAAAUGUAUUCUUUAAGCAAUAAAGGAACCCUGUUUUAUAA